GUAGCUGGAUUUACAAGGAACUGUGGAGUGUUAAUAAUUUCUUUACCUACACUAUAAAUAUUAUCUCUCAACAUAUGCCAGAAGCUGAAAAGGUGGCUAGAGCUGUAUCAUAACAGCACCCACAAAGAACUCUUUGCCAUGUCAGACUACCUUUGGUUUGAAGGGAUACCUUUCCCUUCAGUGAAUGAAGAAGAAAGAAUUGAAGAAAUUCGCAAUGUGUUUGUGAUCAGAGAUGAAGACACAGUCAUACUGACUUACCCUAAAUCAGGAACUAACUGGCUGAUUGAGAUUGUCUGCUUGAUUCAGAGCAAGGGGGAUCCCACUUGGAUCCAAUCUGUGCCUAUCUGGGAGCGCUCACUCUGGAUAGAGAGUAAAAGAGGAUAUCAAAAAUUAAUCAGUAAGGAAGGACCACGCCUCAUCAACUCGCACCUUCCCUUCCAUUUUUUCCCCAAGUCUUUCUUCAGUUCCAAGGCCAAGAUAAUCUAUGUCAUCAGAAAUCCCAGAGAUGUUCUUGUGUCUGGUUAUUUUUUCUGGAGUAAGACAACAUUGGUUAAGAUUCCAGAGUCAUUGACAACUUAUUUUGAAUGGUUCAUCAAAGGAAAUGUGGCAUUUGGAUCAUGGUUUGAGCACACCCGUGCCUGGCUAUCCAUGAGAAAAAGAGACAACUUCCUGCUAUUGAGCUAUGAAGACAUAAAAAAGGACACAAAGAGCACCAUAAAGAAGAUUUGUGACUUCCUAGGAAAAAAAUUAGAGCCAGAUGAGCUGGAUAUGGUCCUCAAGUACAGUUCCUUCCAAGCCAUGAAGGAAAAUAAAAUGUCCAAUUUGAGUCUCAUUAGAAAAGUUGUGGCUCCUAAUGGUUUGGUUCUCUUGAGAAAAGGCAUGACUGGGGACUGGAAGAAUUACUUUACAGUAGCCCAAGCUGAAGCCUUUGAUAAAGUAUUCCAGGAGAAAAUGGCCGGUUUCCCUCCAGGGCUGUUUCCAUGGGAAUAAAUUCUUAAAACCGAAUAUAUAUAUAUAUAUAUAUAUAUAUAUAUAUAUAUAUAUAUAUAUGGAGAUUGGGGUUUAUUUUCCUGUUCUUGUAUAUGUGAAUAACUGGAUGUUGUCACAGAAUAAAUCCUGAUACUGA